AUGAAGUUGAACAUUUCCUACCCGGCCCACGGGUCGCAGAAGCUUUUCGAAAUUGAAGAUGAGCGCAAGCUGCGCGUCUUCAUGGACAAGCGUAUGGGCAAUGAAGUCCCAGCCGACAGUCUUGGUGAUGAGUGGAAGGGUUAUAUCUUCCGCAUCACCGGCGGCAAUGACAAGCAAGGCUUUCCCAUGAAGCAGGGCGUUAUGCUUCCUACCCGUGUCCGACUCCUCCUGUCUGAAGGCCACUCCUGCUAUCGACCUCGCCGAACCGGUGAACGCAAGCGCAAGUCUGUCCGUGGCUGCAUCGUCGCUCAAGAUUUGUCGGUUCUGGCUUUGUCCAUUGUCAAACAGGGCGAUGGCGACAUCCCUGGUCUCACCGACGUUGUCAACCCUAAGCGCCUCGGUCCCAAACGCGCCACCAAGAUCCGACGAUUCUUUGGUCUGACCAAGCAAGAUGAUGUCCGCAAAUUCGUCAUCCGACGAGAAGUCGUCCCCAAGAAGGAGGGCGCCAAGCCAUACACGAAGGCACCAAAGAUCCAGAGACUCGUCACCCCUCAACGCAUGCAACACAAGAGACACCGCAUCGCACUUAAGAGAAGACGGGCUGAGGCUUCCAAGGAUGCUGCGAACGAGUACGCUCAAUUGUUGGCCAAGCGUGUCCACGAGGAGCGUGAGAAGAGAACUGAGCUCAGAAAGAGACGUGCUUCUUCGAUGAGAAAGUGA